AUGGCACGCACCAGCCAGACUGCCCGGAAACGCACAGGGCCUCCUCGCCCUCGCAAUACAACCCACGACUUCACCGACCACUCCAACAAGACAUACACAGUCGUUGAUCCCUUCCAGCGACGUUGUCCGAACCCCCAUGUGAUCACCAAGCUCAGCAUUCACCUCUACUCUCUUGGACCGCUGCAACCAAGCCCGGAAGCCAUUGGGCAGGAGCUGCUGAAAUCAAACGACAUCAUUGACUGGGCCAAUGCCCGCAACUGGUGGCCCCGCGUGGACGUGUACUCUCCGCUAGACAGCAUCGAGGCAUGCAUUGAGCAUCACCGGCGCGAGAAGACGUUUCGCAAGAAUGCCAAGGAGGAGAUGCAUCGUGCUGCGGCUGCUACGACCGCAGAUGAGGAAGACGCGGUGGGGGCAGUGCGUAAGCUGCGCGGAAAGGAACCGCUGCCUCAUAUUGUUCCUACAUGGUGUCGUCGUCGGACGGCCUAUGUUCUCUAUCGUACCACGCCGGCGAUUUAUCGAAGUUUUAUUCUGGUAGUCCCGGCUGACUGCACGACGUGGGAGGAUAUUCAGCAGAAGGGGCUGUGGAUGGUCAGGUUUGACCAGGAUGUACCUGGGGAGCUGACAGUGCAGAUGGAUGAUGAUGAUGAUGCGAGUGCGCAGGAAUCGUUGAUCGACGACGACCACGGUUGGGUGCACGUCGAUAGGUGUACUAACUUGGGGCCGCCGCAUCGUGUUGAACGUGUGUCGGUCAACAGUCUGGACGUCGAGGAUCCGCCCAUGAACCCCUUAUACAAUGAAUGGGUGUCACUGGUCUCGCAGCUGUAUGAUUGCACGUAUCGUCCUUGCUGCUGUGAUGGCUGUGACGAGGGUGAGCCACAUGAAAAUUGCGAGGUUGAGAUGUCGGAGCACUUUUUCAACGAGGAUGGAGAUUGUGUGGAAUGUCGCAGAGCCGUUGAACAGUCACAGUAG